UCGUACUUCGUGACAUAUGCCAGGGCAUCUUCAAGCUCAUUAUUGCACUUGCUUUUCCAUUGCCACCACCCAGCUUCUAUCUUUGACUUCCGUUUUGUACUUCUGUUAUCGAUACGCCAACCUGUUACAUCGGUAAUAGGCGAUGGACUUGACACCCGAACGACCUCCACGUGGAGAGACAGUCACCUUUGCCGUUGCCGCAGACGAGAGCCAGAAUCUCAGUCCUCGUCGGAUUAGCCGCCCGAAGAAGAACCCGUCAGUUACACCCAGACGUUUCAAUCGAUUCUUUACGCCUCGAACUCGAAAUGUGCAGCGCGCCGUUCGGACAUCUCGCAAAGCUUUACAAGACCUGUCUGCAGCCCGCCUGAACAGCCGGCGCGAUCCACCCCAGCAUCCGAACAAGAAGAGGAAGCUCUCAUUUUCGUCCGUCCCAUCCCUACCAUCCUCGCCCAUCAAGCGGGACACAAUACCAAGCAGCCAGAGUAGCACGCAGGCUGGUGAGGGUCAGAGACUUCUGGCUGAAGACGACUCGGAUUUUGAAUGCUUCGACACCGAGGCAGAUGAGAAGGGGUGUGCUCCUAGGACAUAUCCGGCGCGCCUGGUUCCCUAUCGCUCUGUUAGUAGCUCAGCGGCCGCGCUUUACAAGAGGCUUGGUGGGAGGAAGACCGUCGUCGACGCAAACGACAGCCGCCUGUGGCAGAAUGAGGCAGCGAACUUCUAUAGCUCCUCGGAGGACUUUUACGGCUACAACCGACGCUUUGCGUCGUUGCCAUUUUGCGCGGCGGGCUUUAAGACUGUAUCACUGGUUGCAAUUGGCGACGAGGAUGGCAGUGUCCGCAUACACGAUGUCUCGGGUCCUGCCAUUCCCUACAGCGAGGUUUUCCUGACCAUGCAUCCUCACGACAAUGCGAUCAUGGAUAUGGAGUUGUCUUCUGAUGACGCCCUGCUCGCAACGGCCUCCGGAGAUCAAACUUGCCGCAUCAUUGACAUGAAAAAGCAGAUCGCUACGCACACCUUGAUAGGACAUACAGGGUCGAUCAAAAGAGUGCAAUUCCAGCCAGGCUCAGGUAACAACAUCCUCGCCACAUGUUCACGGGACGGCAGCGUGUGCUUAUGGGAUCUUCGCUGCGCUAAGGCCAAAGGCUCCACCAUGUUCAAGGAGCUACGCCGUGAGUCUGAAGGGUUUCUGAACGACAACAGAGAAGUCAAUGCCGUUAACGACAUUCGUGACGCCCACACAUCUUCCGACGGUAGCCGAAUCUCCACAAGUCGCCGUCCGGUCCCUGUCUCUGCAAGAAAUGACUUUGCAGUCACGACGUGCGCCUUCAUGGACCAGACUCGUCCACACCUGUUGGCUACAGCGUCUGAAAACAACGCAAUCGUCAAACUCUGGGAUAUGCGGACCUCGUACAAACAACGAUCCGGCAAGCCCAAUCCGGUAUCUGCAACAGAACAGCCCAAGAGCCACGAAAACGUCCGACCAUUUGGCGUGACCUCGAUAGCAUUCAACACCGACGGUUCGCGGCUGUACUCUCUAUGCCGCGAUCACACAGUCUACACAUAUUCCACAGCACAUCUCGUCCUCGGCAGCGCAUCCGAGAUGUCGUUGUCCUCCUCUCGCCCAUUCAGACAAUCUCGACAGACUGGGCACGGCUUAGGACCGAUGUACGGUUUCCGGCAUCCGAAACUCCGCCUGCAGACAUUCUACGAUAAGCUUGCGAUUCGGCACCGGGCCGAAGACCAGACCGAGAUCAUCGCCACUGGCAGCAGUGAGGAGUGCGCAGUCUUGUUCCCCACGGACGAGCGAUACCUCAAUCAGGCCACGCGCGGUCCACAUCCAGAUCCCCGUAUUGUGCGCACGGAGUUCCCCAUGUCCACCCCGGACGGUCACUGCCCGAUAUACUAUCAUGGCACUGCACUCGUCAAGGGCCAUCGCAAGGAGGUCACGGCGGUCGCAUGGACUCACAACGGCAACUUGGUUACGACGGCCGACGAUUAUACAACGCGGUGUUGGCGGGAAGAUGCGGAUGAGGCGCGUGCCCUGAGGCUCAAUACAGAGCGUGAUGCAUAUGCAAGGUAUAUGAGUGGAUGGGCUGAUGUGCUGGACGGGUACGACGACGAUGGCGAUGAGGAGGACGAUGAGUAGAGCUUUGGGUAUUUGAGUUUCUGGAGCAGUAUAAAGAAGCGCAAGGCGUACUCCGAGACCGACUUUGGGUAGAUGGAAAUCGGCUUCAAACAUGCAUUAUUCCUUGAAACAGCAAGCGUAUGUGUACUUUGUUGUAAGGCUAGUGCACAGUGCUGUGUUCCUUCGCA